AUGGAAGCACUACUACAGGCAGCUACCAAGACAUGCCCUUUUCUCAAACAGGCUUCAGUUUCUACGUUGAGGUCAUUUACUACGUCACCAAACUCAUUGUUCAAGACUGCCCAGUCAUGCCCUGUAAUGGCGCGAGCUAUUGCCGUGCAAGCUAACCUCAACAAUAUGGCCACUGCUUCCGUCCCUCGCUGCCCCGUCUCCCAUCACGGAAACCGACCAUCUCAUCAAAGCAUCACUCAUCACAACAAUACUCAUAACAGUAAACGCUUCUUCACAACCUCCCCAUCGCGCUCUCACGCUGCUGCCGUACCUGAAGGUGUAUCCAGUGUCAAUUCAGCCUCUCUGCCUCCUCACGGCCUCCCUACUGCCAAAACCAACUUCUCAUAUGCCGAUAAUACAGCUACAACGUCUCCGCCUCUUCCACGUCAUAAUCCAGCAAUGAAUGUAAAGGUCGAUGCUGCUACUUAUGCUCCACCAAAGGGUGAAGCAUUUGAUUAUGAUGCCUUCUAUGAACAGGAAUUGAACAAGAAGCACCAGGACAAGUCGUACCGUUAUUUUAAUAACAUCAAUCGGCUCGCUCAGAAAUACCCUCGUGCUCAUACUGGCACUGGUAAAGAGGUUACUGUAUGGUGCUCAAACGACUACUUGGGAAUGUCAAAGCAUCCUCAGGUUAUUGAAUCCAUGAAGCAAACUCUAGACAAGUAUGGAGCUGGUGCCGGAGGUACUCGUAACAUUGCCGGAAACGCUCAGCUCCACUUAUCUCUGGAACAGGAACUAGCAUCCUUACAUAAACAGGAAGCUGCUCUAGUCUUCUCGUCUUGCUUUGUAGCAAACGAUGCUACAUUAUCCACUCUAGCAUCUAAAAUGCCCGGUUGUGUCAUCUUCUCGGAUGCUUCCAACCAUGCAUCCAUGAUUCAAGGCAUCCGUCACUCGAAUGCCAAGAAGCAUGUCUUCCGUCACAACGAUUUAGCUCAUCUGGAAUCUCUCUUGGCUCAAUAUGAUACCUCUGUACCUAAAAUCAUUGCUUUUGAAUCUGUCUACUCCAUGUCUGGAUCGGUAGGACCCAUCACCGCUAUCUGUGAUCUGGCCAAAAAGUAUAAUGCACUCACCUUCUUGGAUGAGGUCCAUGCUGUUGGAAUGUAUGGAAACUCUGGUGGUGGUGUCGCUGACUUGAUUAAUGUAAUGCCUGAUGUGGACAUCAUUACUGGUACUUUGGGCAAGGCAUUCGGGGUUGUUGGUGGCUAUAUCGGUAUGUUGGUGACCGCAUCAUUCUUCUUCACUAAUGAGGGUUUUUACUUAUCAUCCGUCUUGCCCGUUUCUCUAGCUGGUAAAGCUGCCUUGGUCGAUGUAGUUCGAUCAUACGCUCCUGGCUUCAUCUUCACUACGUCUCUACCACCUGCUAUUGUAGCAGGUUCAUUGACUGCCAUCCGUCAUCUUAGAUCCUCUCAAAUGGAACGUGCUCUUCAACAACACCAUACCCUUGAAUUAAAGAACCGUCUAGCUGAUUUAGGAAUCCCAGUAGUACCAAACCCAUCACACAUAAUCCCCGUAUUAGUAGGUGAUGCCGAAGUAUCUAAACAGGUAUCCGACGAACUCUUGGCCAAAUACGACAUCUAUGUCCAAUCCAUCAACUUCCCUACCGUCGCUGUUGGAGAAGAACGUCUCCGUAUUACUCCUACACCUGGACAUAAAGCUGAGCUCAUGGAACCACUAAUUGAUGCCUUGACUACCAUCUGGCGUGAACGUGGUCUCCGCAUGAACAAGGACUGGGAAGCUGCAGGUGGUAAAGCUGGUGUUGGAUGUGGUAUUGAGGUAGCUCAAAUGGUUACCCCUGAAAGCUACGCUGAUGUACUUGGAAUGCCUCAGGCUCGUAUUCCUAUUGCUGCUACUGCAUAA